UUUUCAAAAUUUAUCAAUCUCAUCUUUCCUAAACACAAAACGUGGAAUGCGGUUUCUAACGCGUCUACCUUUGGAUGAUCACAGGGAAGAGAAUAAUUCUCGAAAUAAUAUCUUGACACCUGUGCAUAAAUUUCAUAAAUCUACAGAAAAACAGAUUGGCCGGAAAGUAGGUUAAGUUUGACAUCUGAAAAGGAGCAGUCAAAGUCCAUAUGGUAAAGGUGGGAACAUUCCAUUGAUCCUUCAAGCGUAGUUUUGGUCGUUCAACCAAUCACAACGUGGAGGGCUUGUCUGUCAAGGCAGUUUCCUACGUAAGGGUUGCAUCUUCUGGAAUUGAGUGGUGAACAACCUUACGACUUUAACAAUGGGAAGGAGGAGAAGAAGAUUAUAUAGUUUCUGUUGUUUAGAUUGGUAGAAGUUGGGGAAAGUUAAGUCUGUUGCUCAUAUGAUCAUGGAUAGCUAUACCAGUCCCAUUUUGAAUUGGGUUAUUGUUCUAUUCGCAUUUGUUGGGGUUUUUCAGCAUUCAAAUGGGCAAGGCUUCAGUCUGCAGUUACAUCACAAAUUCUCUGAACAAGUGAAAACAUGGAUGAAUCUCAAACAUGGAAUGGACAGAGGGGAUUGGCCGGCGGAGGGAAGCACAGAGUAUUACAAUACACUUUAUCAUCAUGACAAUGUUCGCCAUGGUCGGAAUCUGAAAAAUUAUCCAUCUCUCACCUUUGCGGAUGGAAACGAGACAGUCAAAUUGAAAAAUCUGGGAUUUUUGUACUACACCUCGGUCCAACUGGGCACACCAAAUGUGAGCUUAUUUGUAGCACUUGACACUGGAAGUGAUUUGUUCUGGGUACCCUGUGAAUGCAAGCAAUGUUCUUCCCUAACACUAAGCAGCAAUAAAUCGAAUAUUACUUUAGCGACCUACACUCCAUCUGCAUCACAGACAUUUAAGCCUGUCACUUGUGCUAGUGAUCUGUGCUCUCUAUCGAAUAGCUGUUCAAAAUCUACUGAUCAAUGCCCAUACAAUAUUUCCUAUGUUUCUGAUAAUACAUCCAGUUCAGGAACUUUAGUAGAGGACGUUCUUUAUUUGACUCCUGGAGAUGGCAGACAGAAUGGAGAAGUGGUGAAGGCACGGAUCACAUUUGGGUGUGGGAGUAUACAAACAGGUUCGUUUAUAGAUGGUGCUGCUCCAGAUGGUCUACUUGGGCUUGGCAUAGAGAAUAUCUCUGUACCUACCAUUUUAUCAAAUACAGGUUUUGUGGGAAAUUAUUUCUCCAUGUGUUUUCCAAGCAAUGGGAGUUUUGGAAGGUUUACCUUUGGUUAUAAAGGAAGUUCAGACCAAAAACAAACAUCUUUCAUCAUUGAUCCAAAACGCCCAGCAUAUAAUGUAGGUGUGAAGGAAUUUCAUGUAGGAGAAAAGCUUAUUUCAACAGGAUUUCAAGCUCUUUUUGAUACUGGCACGUCAUUUACAUAUUUGGCUGAUCCAGCAUACAAAGAUCUUACUUCAAAUUUUCACUUACAGAUAUCUGAUUCACCCAUAACAAUAGAGGGCAUCCCUUUCGAAUAUUGUUAUAGUGUAAGUGAUAAUCAAAGCAUGAGCAGCGCACCGGAGAUUUCCUUUACCUUCAAUGGAGGAGAGAACUUUACUCUUAUUCACCCAUUUCUACUUAUUAGUGAUGGGAAUACUGGGCAGUUGGUAGCUUACUGUCUGGCAGUGAUUCAAAGUUCAAGCAUGACAAUUAUUGGUCAGAACUUCAUGUCAGGUUAUGAAAUUGUUUUUGAUCGUGAAGAGCUCAAACUGGGGUGGAAACCAAGCAGCUGUUAUCAAGGAACUUAUAGCAACAGUCCAGAAGCAUCACCUGGGCCAGUGGCUGUUAAUUCAUCAGAAAUAUCUAGGAGGCCUUCUAUAUCUCCUGCAGCUCUACCAGCUAACCCUGUGAAUAGUAGUGGUGCAGUUCAUAUGAAUUCACCUUUCUUGCAAUUUGCUUUCUCAAUUUUAACCUCUGCCACCAUUCUUACACUCAUUUGAUUUAAUGUACAAUGAGAAUAGCCUUGACCACAUGUUUUUGCCUUUUCCUUAUUUUGUUUCUGUGGUCCUGUCAUUGGAACCAUAGAAGCUCCACAUUGAUUUCAUUGGUGUAAUAUAUGAAGUACAGACGAAGCUAUGGGAUAGAGAUAUUUUAUUGUCCUUAUUCCUCGGCCAUAAUGUAAUCUUGUCAUAAGCAAUGAAGGAUAAGGGCUACUACUAAUUGAUCAUUCUUCAUGUCUAUAAAAUGUUGAGAAAGGGAGAAAUUCAAUUUUUCUA